AUGCGCCCCGCCGGGUGGCUCUCUUCCGUGGGAGGCUGGCUGGCCGCCGGGCGGGCAUCGCCGGCUGCCCGGGGCUCCGUCGCCUCCGGCCGCCGAGCCGUCGCCUCGUUGGCGGCCGGCGCCGGCCACACGCACCUGACUGCGCCUCAAGCCCCCACGGCCGGGGGCCGGGCCGAGGUCCUGCCCGCCGGGCCGGGGGCCGAUCUCCGGCACAUAGGGCGCCCGACGGACCGGGGGCUCUUUGCCAGGGAGCUGGCGGCCCUGCUGCCGGCCGACCUUCCCCAGCGAGAGAUUGCGGCCCGUCUCGCGGCCCCCGGCGAGUGGCCGGCCGCCGCGGGGCCCGACCCCCGGGCCAUCGGCCAGCCGGACACCCUGGCGCUGUUGGCCUGGGCCGAUGCCCCGGCCCGGGCCAGUGCCCCGGACCAGUGGCGCACCGCUCGGCAGGAGGGCCUGGUGGAUCUGCGCGGGGACCCGGCCCUGCUGGAUGGCAGCCCGGUCCUCCGGUCCCCCGGGGCCCUGCAGGCCAGCCCCUCUUGGGACCGGCCGCUGUCGGCGGCCGGGCAUGAGCGCCUCCUCCGCGCCCUCGAAGAGUGCUGCCUGCACGAGGUGCCCAUGGCCUACAUCGUGGGGGUGCAGUUCUUCUGGUACUGGCCCUUCGCCGUCAAUCGGGCCACGCUCAUCCCCCGGCCGGACAGCGAACUG